AUGAUUCCGGAGCGCGAGUUUGCCUCCCGAAACCGGGCACGGCAUCAUUCCCCAGAAUCCCCGGAGAGCUUGGACUCGGGUGAGGAUUUCGCCGGCCAAUUUGGCCGCGCGGCUGAUAGAAGGAUAUGGCCAGGGGUGCCACAGGCUCCAGGGUAUGCCCAAAGCUCUUCUUCUGGCCCAUCCUACAGCGCACAUCCGUAUGGCCAUGGCCUAUACGGUCAUCCCGGCCAUCAGUCUGACGAGGUUCUCAGACUCGGCCAGCAGCCGCCCUACGGCUCGUCUGCGUAUGCCUACGGGCCUCAGUUCCAACCACCGUACUCGGCCUCGAUGCAGCCCUUCUACCCCUCAGAUCAACACCAGCACGCCCGACACCACCGCCAGCCGCCGCUGCCGCGCGCCGAUGCAUACAACCCGCUAUCGAUGGUUCCUCCUGGGGGCCCGCCGUUCAACCCCCAAGACCUAAUGCCGUACGGCGCCCCAAAUCACUACUAUCGAGACCCGUUCUCUAUGGUGCCUCACCAAUCGUAUUUCUCCCUGUACCCCCAAGUUCCUACCCCGACUAAGGCCGAAUUAAGCUCCCCCGCCCCGCACCCCGUCGAUGUAUCCAAGGACGAAGCGAUCGCCCGACUGGAGAAGUUGAUUUUGGAUGAUCGAACGGAGCGGGAAGCCCGUGAAGCGGCCAUUGCCCGCGCGCAGGCGGAGAAAGCCGCCCAGGAAGAGCGACUGGCACACGAUCAAAAGAUUGCUGAGCAAGCGGCUUUUUUGGCUAGAGCAGAUGCCGAAAAGAGAGCCGCGGAAGAUGCAGCCAAGCUCAAGGAAGAGGCAGAGAAAGCUGCAGCAUCGGCAGCAUCAACUGCCGCUAAAAAGCCUCCUGCAGAGAAGAAGAAACCCAUCAAAUUCAAGGAUGCCGUGGGAAGGAAGUUCAGUUUUCCCUUCGAGCUAUGCGCCACAUGGCAGGGAAUGGAGGAUCUCAUUCGCCAGGCUUUUCUUCACAUCGAAGUUAUUGGACCUCAUGUUGCCGAGGGACAUUAUGACCUCGUGGGCCCCAACGGUGACAUUAUCCUUCCGCAGGUCUGGGAAACCGUAAUUGAGCCCGACUGGACCAUCACCAUGCACAUGUGGCCAGUCCCCGAGAAGCCCAAAGAUGAGGCGGGAGGAAAGGACGGUGGUGGUGGUGCGGAUGGGAAGAAGAAGGCAGAUCCAGGCAAGAAAGAGAAGGGAGGCCGGCAAAAGAAAUCCGACCCCGGGACCAUCGCCAUGUGGAUGAUGGGUGGUCGCAACCCCACGCGGACCACCAAAGCCCCCAAAGCGGAGAAAAAGCCUGAAGCGACGCAGUAA